GCGAUCAAAAGAGCAAAAUUUUCGUGGAAUUAGGUACCUACCUUCUGAGUUCUGCCACUUUUUUGGAAGUUUGAAGUAAAACAUUAAACAAUACAACAGUACAUACUCGUAUAUACAUAAUAUACAGUACAGUGUGCAGUUUGAUUGUGAUUUGUGAAUAUUUUAGGUAUUCAGUAAGAAUUAAAACUCAAAACGCAUUUAAGGGAAUAGCUGACUGAUGGACAAUAAUAAUAAUAAUUGUUGCUGUUGUUUACUUUAAACUGGAAGAGAAGUCAUAAAAAAAUAUCAUCUUAGAUAUUUAAUUUACUACCAGUUAAACCGGUUUUAUCGAAGAAUAUCUUGUUUAAAUUUUGUUUCGAUUGAGGAAAAUCGAACCGUGAAUAAUCAAUAAGUGGGAACUUAAUACACUAUCAUGUGGCAUAAUCUUAUUUUAAUUUGCAAUUUAUUAAUAUUUAAAGUUAUAAUUGCUGGAGAAGGUAAAGACUUAUAUUGGUGAUGAUUGUGCUCCUACUGAAGAAAUAUCGAGGGGAACAUGUAAACUGGUGACAGAUUGUGAAGUUGCUAUCAAUUACAUUCAAAAAACAGAACAUCAUCCAUUUAGUAGAUGUGGUUUUAGUGGCAUGGUAGAAAUAGUAUGCUGUCCAAAUAAAUACAUCCAACCACCAACACCAAAUAAGAGGCCAAAACCAAACACUGGUACCAUUGGACAGGAUAAAUUUGGAGAUACAAGAUUAUUAAGAGUAGCUGAUAGAGAAUGCCAAAAAAUUGUCGAGACCACCAUACCACCUCUAGGUUUACAUAUAAUAGGUGGUGAAUCAGCGUCACUUGGGGAAUUCCCACAUAUGGUAGCUCUAGGAUACGACCGGUCGGACGGCUAUGAUUUUCAAUGCGGCGGCUCUUUACUUUCGGACUCUUAUGUACUCACGGCAGCUCACUGUGUUGACACAUUGGAUCGAGUGACUCCUACGAUAGCCCGUAUGGGUGUGAUAGAACUCGGCGACAGACAGUUCAACAGCGAGACUGACGUGAGAAUAGUGGAGAUCAUAACACACCCGGACUACAAGAGACGCACUAAAUACGACGACUUAGCCUUAUUGAAGUUAGAGCAGCCCGUGCAGUUUUCGGUUAAUUUGAACGCCGUCUGCCUGUACACAAUGGAUGACGACCCCACGAUACCGCUCACCAUUACUGGUUGGGGCAAAACCAGUACAACUCGGGACAUUAAGAGUACAAUCCUUCUAAAGGCGAAUGUGACGGUGGUGCCGAAGAGCAAGUGUGGCGAGUCAUACACCAACUGGCGCAAGUUGCCGCAGGGCAUUUCCGACGAGCAGAUCUGCGCCGGCGACCCCCUGGGCCUGCACGACACUUGCCAGGGCGACUCGGGUGGGCCACUGCAGGGGCUGACGGCCAGCGACGGGCAGUUCCGGCUGAUAGCGGUGACGUCCUUCGGGCGCGGCUGCGGCUCGCCCGUGCCCGGCGUGUACACGCGCGUGUCGCGAUACCUCGACUGGAUCGAGAGCGUGGUGUGGCCCAACCGGACCUAGACCUUACCGGACCCUUAACGAAUUACCUACAUACGUGGGUGAAACUCGUGAAAUGCAUUGCUUCGAGUCUAAUCUAAAGAUUUUAGUAAUCAUUUUAUAAUGCAACUAGGCUAUCCCCGCGACUACGUCCGCGUUAACUACACAAAUUUAAACCCCUAUUUUACCCUUAGCGGAUAUAUACUUCAUAAUAGCUAUCUGCAUGUUAAAUCAGUCAGUCGGAGCUUUUCCUUUUAUAUAUUAGGUAUACUGACUUGACGGUUGACGUACAUCAUGCAUUGUGACAAGAAAUCUGAAUAAUAGGAAUGAUGACUACUAGUCAAAUCAGUUACUUUUUAUCAAACGUUAAAAAGGUCGCUUAGUAAGAGAGCUUGUAUGAUAUUCAUAGAUGUGACGUUAUAAACAUUUAGACGUAAUUUAACGUACUUUUUUUUGUUAAAUCGAUAAUUUAAAAUUUUACGAAUUCUGGAAGACUCUAUUCAAUAAUUCCUAAGAAAUAAUUUAUUUUUGCUAUAGGCAUCAUCCCAUUUUAUGAAUCCUGAUAUUACUUCGGUCAAAUGCAAAUAAGAUGCCAUGACAGCUCGUUCACACUUACCCCACAUAUAAAAAUGUUAGUAGCAUUGGGAUUAGGGCUAAAUAUAUUUGUAAGCCUUUCAUAAUGCUCCCUACGAAAAAGGAUAGCUCUAAAUUUAGAAAGAAAAGAAAGAAAGAAAAACUGUUUAUUUGGUACCAACAAUAACUUAAAAUAAAUAAAAUAUAAAAUGGGACGCGUGGUGUGUGGUGCCAAAAUGGACUCCACUCAGCAUUUGCUG